AUGGUGGAUCCUAUGCUCGAUUUGUCACUACCAAUCCUUCGAGGGUCUGUGUGGGGCAGCUGUGCGCAGGGGCCACAGCCAGGUGUGAAGCGGCCGCUGCGGGAGCAGCACGGCACAGAAAGCCCCUUCUGCAGGGCAGAUGCUGCCCAAGGCCUCGCUCGGUGCAACAGCCGCUGCAGCUUUUCACUUCCCAAGGAGCAAAGCCGAGCCCUCACACGCUGCCGGCACACCUGCGGGCUCACACCGCCCAUCGCCACCCAUCCAGCCGCUGGGCCCGGCUGCGGGACAGUCCGCCGGGUGCCGGCAGAGGGGGCCCAGGGAGGAGCAAAGCCGAGCCCUCACACGCUGCCGGCACACCUGCGGGCUCACACCGCCCAUCGCCACCCAUCCAGCCGCUGGGCCCGGCUGCGGGACAGUCCGCCGGGUGCCGGCAGAGGGGGCCCAGGGAGGCGGCGGACAGCCCCUGCUCUGGCGGCAGCGGCCGGGGUGGGCGGCGGCGGCGGCGGCAGCGGGGCGCUGGGUCUGCAGGCGCCGCUGAACCGCGGUCUGGAGCGGGCGCUGGAGGAGGCGGCUCACUCCGGGGGGCUCAACCUGAGCGGCAGGAAGCUGAAGGAGUUCCCGCGCAGCGCCGCCGCUCUCAGCCACGACCUCUCCGACACGGUGCGGGCAGAUUUAUCCAAGAAUCGGUUAACUGAAGUUCCUACGGAGUUGUGCCAUUUUGUGUCACUGGAAACACUAAAUCUCUACCACAAUUGUAUUAAAGUUAUACCAGAUGCCAUAGUAAACUUGCAAAUGUUAACUUACUUAAAUUUGAGUCGAAAUCAGCUUUCUUCUUUGCCAGCUUGCCUGUGUGGUCUUCCUCUAAAAGUCUUAAUUGCAAGUAACAAUAAGCUAGGUUCCCUUCCAGAAGAGAUAGGUCAGCUAAAACAGUUAAUGGAAUUGGAUGUCAGCUGUAAUGAAAUCACAACUUUGCCACAGCAGAUAGGCCAGCUGAAAUCUUUAAAAGAACUGAAUGUCAGAAGAAAUUACCUCGAAGUUUUACCCCAAGAACUAGUACAGCUUCCCUUGGUAAAGUUUGACUUUUCCUGCAAUAAAGUGCUUGUGAUUCCAAUUUGUUUUAGAAAGAUGGUGCACUUACAAGUAUUACUGCUUGAGAAUAAUCCUUUGCAAUCUCCACCAGCACAAAUUUGUACAAAGGGUAAGGUGCAUAUAUUCAAAUAUCUGACUGUACAAGCCUGUCAGAUUAAAACAGCAGACUCACUGUAUCUUAAUGCCAUAGAACCACAGCAUUUGCCACAACCUGUGGAAGAGAGCAUUGAUGACAUCUACCCAAGUAAAAAGGACUCAGAUUCAGGUGUUGGUAGUGAUAAUGGUGAUAAACGUUUGUCAGCAACAGAGCCAUCUGAUGAAGAUACUAUCAGCUUUAAUGUUCCAAUGUCGGAUAUUGUGGAAGAGGAUCAUAUUAUAAAGGAUGAUUCAGGUCACCAUGCUAACUCAAGAAAAGUGGAAUUCCAUCAAGGAUCUUCACACGUGUUUAUCAAUGAUACCUCACAAGAAACAGGAAACCAGUUUGAUGAAACAGAUACUCUUACUACUGAAUUUAUGAGUUAUAUUAAGAGCAGAGCAGCAGAGUGUGAUGAAUUAUUGAGAAUAGAAGAGGACACGCAAUGGCCAGCAGACGAAAUAAUAAAUUUAUCAGAAGAGCAAACUAUUGAUAUAGCAAUGAUAGAACAACUAAGAGAAGCUGUAGAUUUAUUACAAGAUUCCAACAGUGGUCAAAUACGGAUGGACAUGUCUUCUCUUGAUCAGAGAGAAAAUGCUGAAGAGGAACUGGAAUUCCAGAGAAGGAGGGAGUUGAUUAUGGAGAAAGCAAAGCCUGAAGCGAGAACUUGUGAACAGGGUGAAAAAUGGUCACUGAGCCAGAAUGAUCUAAUUGUUUGGAACACGAGUGGACAAACAUCUCACAAUGAGAAUAAGGAUAGAAGUCCAACAAUGUCUCCUACUACAAGCACCACAAUCCCUUUUGGUCUGAAGCCACGAUCAGUGUUCUUAAGACCACAAAGAAAUUUGGAAUCAAUAGAUCCACAGUUCACAAUUCGAAGGAAAAUGGAGCAGAUGAGAGAAGAGAGAGAGCUUGUGGAACAGCUACGUGAGAACAUAGAGACAAGACUAAAGAUUUGUUUGCCUGAAGACCUGGGCUCGGCUCUGAUGGAUGGUGUCGUUCUGUGCCAUUUAGUAAAUCAUGUUCGCCCUCGGUCUGUCGGGAGUAUUCAUGUACCCUCACCAGCAGUACCUAAACUUAGCAUGGCCAAAUGCAGGAGAAACGUGGAAAACUUUUUGGAUGCAUGUAGAAAACUGGGGAUACCAGAGGAGAAGCUCUGCCUACCACAUCACAUCCUAGAAGAAAAGGGCUUGGUAAAAGUGAGCAUAACAGUUCAAGCAUUGCUAGAUGUAACCACAGUGAAACAAGCUUUAUUCACAUGAAACUACUCUCUCUGAUGUUACCAGCUACACUGUGCCAUGAAAGAAUCAAAAUACUGCCCAUUUUUUCAAACUGCAUUGAAAAUAACUCCAGUACUCCAAGAGUAUUCCUAUGAUUUUAAACUCAUAUUUCAGAGUGUACAUAUGUGUUGAACUACAAAGCAGAAACUGAACAGAAACAUUUUCUAGAGGAAGUUGGCGCUUCACUGCUUUUAUAGCUCACUUUGUACAGUACUUACUAAAACAACCACCUCUCUGCCACUUAGAAUUGUGUGGAGUACACAGCUGUCUUGCAGCAAGAUACCUUUGUAUUAUUAAACUAAGAAUCACUGUAAUCACCUGGGGGGAGGGAGAAGGGAGAGUAAAUCAGACUGCUACCACCUUAGGUUUUUCUGCAGUUGCUUCAGGCUAUUGCCUUUUAAAAAUA